AUGACAUCGAAUGACCUGCAGAGGCAAGUUGGCCAGCUAUUUGCGGUCGGUUUCCACGGUCACACACCCAGCCCAGAGAUCAAGACAUUGAUCCACGAUUACCACAUUGGCGGCAUCGUUCUUUUCUCGCGCAAUUUUCAAAAUGCGGAACAGUUACAGGCGUUGACAUUGGCUCUACAAAAUGAAGCUCGCUUGGCAGGACAUAAACGCCCUCUUCUUAUCGGGAUCGAUCAAGAAAAUGGCCUGGUUACCCGAAUUUCCCCUCCUAUCGCCUCUCAAGUCCCAGGACCAAUGGCUCUCGGUGCAACCCAUGACCCGAGAUUCGCCUAUCAGGCGGGUAAAUCCACUGGCGAGAUUCUGAACUUCUUUGGUAUCAACAUGAACUACGGUCCAGUGUGCGAUAUCAAUUCAGAACCAUUAAACCCUGUUAUUGGUGUGCGCAGCCCUGGUGACAAUCCAGAAUUCGUCGGUCGGUUUGCGUCAGCGACUGCACGUGGCCUGAGAGAGGAACGGAUUAUUCCAAGUGUCAAGCAUUUUCCCGGCCAUGGCGAUACCGCAACCGACUCUCAUUACGGACUUCCAAUCAUCGCAAAGGGGAGAGAUGACCUGGAGCGGUUAGAACUCAUUCCCUUUCGCCGGGCUGUGGCCGAAGGAGUGGAAACGGUGAUGACUGCACAUAUCUCCCUACCUCAGAUCGAUGACAAACUGCCCGCGACGUUAUCGCCAAAGGUCUUGGGGAUAUUGCGUAGGGAUAUGGCCUAUGAUGGAAUGAUCAUCACAGACUGUCUUGAGAUGGAGGGGAUUCGAGCCAGCUACGGCACAGAGCAAGGAUCCGUGAUGGCAGUGCAGGCUGGGAGUGACAGCCUGAUGAUCUGUCAUACAUUCGACGUCCAAGUGGGUUCUGUUAAGAAAGUUUGCGAAGCGAUUCAAUCUGGCGCAAUUGAGGCCUCUCGUUUCGAGUCAGCUUGUCGUCGGGUUGCAUCAGUGAAGGACAAUUUUCUUAGCUGGGAUACUGCUUUGCGCAAAAAUGAUGCUGCACAGCUCGACAUCAUAAACAAGAAGGUGGCCGCUUUAUCACAAGAAGCAUACGAACAUUCUACAACUCUGGUUCGCGACAAUGCUAGCGUACUUCCACUUUCUCGGUCUUCCAAGAUAGUGGUUCUCUUCCCGGGCGAUGGAACUCCCGCCGGAGGCGCGGUAGAUGGCGAAGGUAUGGGGAGACAGGGGUCAUACGAGGUCACCCCGUAUCUUGAGGCCAUUCAGCUUCAUAACCCGUCUGCCACUGAGUUGAAGUAUGGAGAGGCGGGUCUAUCAGUCGAAGAGUUGGAUAUGGUCAAGAACGCCGAUACCGUAGUCUUUGUUUCUCUCAACGCGCGAGAGUCACCAUAUCAAGAAAAGUUGGGCCUCGAGCUUCCACAAUUGAGUCGCUCGUUGGUAGCAAUUGCUGCAUGCAACCCUUAUGACUUCCUUGACGCUCCUGAAAUUCAAACAUAUCUCACCACUUACGAACCCACGAUCGAAGCCUUUUCAGUGGCGGCCGCAAUCAUUUUUGGAAAAAAAGCCUCGAAGGGAUCGUUGCCAGUGGGUCCAACGGUUUCAGCCAAGUCUAACGCGACUUUUGAAUUGUAUGAUGCGGAAAGGGACAUCGAAGGGAUGGUAGAUACUUGGGAUGCAGCCGUUCCAACCUAUCAUUUACCCCGGGAGAGCUUGCGCGCACUAUUUGUUCGUCCAAAUGCCCGCCACUUUGUGGCUCGUAUCGACUCAAAGGCUGUUGGGUUCUGUCUCGCCUACUUCAAUGCCGAUGGGCCCCCAAAGACGGUUCAUGUCGCCGUGUUGGCUGUUUCUCCUGCCUAUCAGAACCAAGGAAUUGGUACAGUGCUUUUAACUGAAGUUCGGUCCUUUUUCAGGAGCCAAUUUGGUCUCGAGAAUUUAAAGUUGGGCAGCUCAUUUCCUCGCUUCUGGCCCGGUGUGCCCCGCGAUCUUGGUGAAGAUAUUCAAAACUUCUUCACUCACCGCGGCUGGCGACUCAGCCCUCCUGAGAGCAGAUCGGUCGAUCUAUAUCAGGCCAUUAAGAAUUUUCAGGCUCCCGAGAAGUACAUGACUCGUGCUAGAGAAAGCGGCUUUACCUUUGCUCCACUGAAAUCUGAGGACUACGAUGCAUGCCUGGUUGGCCAACGGAAGAACUUCUCUGAUAAAGCGGGCUGGGUAGAAGCCUUCGUGGCGCUGCACCCCAGCAAAUACCCGGACAGUGUGAUGGUUGCAUAUGACUCCCAGGGUCAGCAAGUAGGCUGGACCUUGAUGCUAGGAUCCCCUGAGGUGAUCAAUCACGUAUGGGCAUUUCCCCAGAUGUGCGGUCCGAAUACAGGCCUGAUUGGCUGCGUGGGCGUUGAUGAAGCACAUCGUAAAUCAGGAAUCGGGCUGGCGAUGGUGUGCCAUGCUGUGGAGAACAUGAAGCAACGGGGCGUCGAAGGGGUUUUUGUUGAUUGGGUUGCUCUACAGGGAUAUUAUGAGAAAGCUGGGUUUGAAACUUGGCGGAGCUAUCGACCUGGUCAGAUUUGA